CACAACUAAUCUCAAUUUCCACAAUUAAAAUGAUUAUUAAAAACAAGUUACACAUGUAAGAUUUGCAGAUGUGCCCACAAAAAGCAUAUAUCUUGAAAGAAUCGAAAAUUGUCUGCUCAUUUCCAAGGUAAAUCUGCCUAUGAAAUUUCACACUUUGUGCUUGGCAGCUUGGCUUUGCUCCCACCCAAUUGCAUUUGGAGUCUUGGACUUCAUAACCAUACUUUCUCUUUUGCAAUCUAUUUAGUGGCACAUCCGGGUUCAUACUGUUAAGGUCCUGAAACUUGUGCGGAGCAAGUGAUGGAAAUUUACACUCCAUAUCAACCUCCCACCAUCAAAAUCCCCUUCGAUGUCACUAAGAAGUUUCAUGUGUUUCUCAGCUUUUGUGGAAAAGAUGUGAGAAAAACAUUUGUCGAUCAUCUCUACGAAUCUCUCUGUGUAGCAGGGCUUCGGGUUUUCCUGGACAGUGAAGACUUUAAGCAGGGCAAAGACAUCGAUUCCACCUUGAAAAUGCCCAUUGAAACAAGUCAUAUUGUCAUACCCAUAUUUUCCAGAUUCUAUGCAGAGUCACCUUGGUGUCUGGAGGAGGCGUCGCGGAUGAUUAGAUCCAAUGGCUUCAUCAUUCCCCUGUUUUAUGAUGUGGAGCCCUCUGAUGUUCGCUACCCUCAAAGAAAUGGAGGUAUGUUCGCCCGGGCAUUCCAAAAUCAUUACACCCAUUUAGAUCGCCAGGAUGUAAAGACAAUUGAGGAAUGGAAGAAGGCUCUUCAUCAAAUCUCUUUUUGUUCUGGCUGGACAAGGAAAGCAGAAUUCGGGUACGAAGGAAGACUAGUGAAAAAAGUUAUGAAAGACGUGUUGAAUACCUUCAAGAAUACUCCGCUGGAUGUCCCUGUGCAUCUUGUGGGACUCCAAACGGAUAUCUAUGACCUACUUUGCAGUCUAAAUCUGAGUUCCUGGGACAGUACAGUCAGAGUGGGAAUCAGUGGCUUAGGUGGCGUUGGGAAAACUACCUUAGCGAAGGCUGUCUACAAUAAAAUUCAUGGUGGGUUUGAUGGCUGUUGCUUUGUCUUCAACAUUGGAGCUGCAGUAGAGAAAAACACCAGACUUGUGGACUUGCAGAGAACAAUUUUAAGGAGACUGGUAAAUUACCAUGAAGAAAUUUCAAGUGUUGAUGAGGGAAAAGCUCUCAUGAGAGAUCGAUUGCGAGGAGUUCGUACCCUUGUCAUAUUGGACGGUGUGGAUGAUAGAAGCCAAUUACAAGCGCUGAAUGGCGAUUGGUUUGGGCAUGGUAGUAGAAUCAUCAUUACAUCCCGAGACCAGCACAUACUAAAUCUUGCUGAGGUCGACUCUGUUCACAAAAUGAGUGGAUUGCAGCAGCAUGAAAGUCGCCAGUUGUUUAGCUGGCAUGCUUUCUCAAGGCCAUUUCCAGAUUCCCCUAACGAAGAGAUUUCUACAAGAAUUGCCCAAGCCUGUUGUGGGAAUCCUCUUUUACUAGAAGUCAUUGGAUCACAUUUGUUUGACAAGAAGGAGUCCAGCGAAAUUCAAUGUUGGAAGGAAAUUCUCCUUAACAUUGGAGAAAACCCCAAAAUGUCUACACUCCUUCGGAUCAGUUAUGAUGGACUUGGUGACAUUGAGAAGGAGAUAUUUCUGGAUGUAGCCUGUAACUUUGUAGGUGAGAAGAAAAGACAUGCAGUUAUUUUCUGGGAAGUUUUAUACCCAAAUAAAGUUCAAACAGCUAUCAAGAAUCUUUUGCUGAAAAUGCUCAUAAACAUCAGUGGCCCUCAAGAACUCCUCCAUAUGCAUGACCUUCUGCAGGAAAUGGGAAGAGGAAUUCAAAAGGAAGCUGACCAUAAUAGUAGACUGUGGCUUCCUAUGAGUACACAUAAUGCCUUGAAGAGAGACAGCGCAGAGAGAACGAAAAUGCUGGUUUACACAGGACAGAAUGAAAAUGAGCCUGUUGUCCUGCAUAACAUGCCUUCGCUGCGCUACCUAUUUUUGCAAAAUACAAAAGUGCUGAGCAACAUUGGGAAGCUAGCUCCAAAUUUGUUAUGGAUAAGAAUUAGAAAUUGCGAAUUUCUAAGUGAUAUAUACACAUGGUUAAUAUUAAGAAACAGACUCCAGUUUGAUGGCAGUUGGUCUCAAAUCAGGAUGUUUAGUCUAGAGCUGUGUGCAAGUCUUACCAGAACCCCAAAAACACUUAACAAUUCAGUGAAUCUUCAGUGCUUGAAUUUGGAGCAUUCAAGCACUAUCCCAACCAUCCCAAACUCGGUCGGCAACUUUUCACAACUGAAGCAAUUCAAUUUGGGCGGCUGUGCAAGUUUAACAAGCCUUCCUGACACUGUGGGCAACUUGAAGCAGCUAAAAGAUUUGUCUUUGGGAGGCUGUACAGGUCUCAAAAGCCUUCCCAGCACUGUAGGUAAUUUGGCUCAACUACAAGUGCUGAAUUUGUAUGGAUGUAGAGGCCUAAGGGUUCUUCCUAACUCAGUGGGCGAGUUGGAAAAACUCCAAGUGUUGAACUUGCAUGGUUGUGAAAGUUUACAAAGCCUUCCUUCCAAGCUUAGGAUGUUAAACUUCCAUGGUGCUCAGAUCUCGGAUGCUUCCAGCAUAUGGAAUCUCAAGUCUACAAAAUAGAUAAAUUAUAAUUUGUAAAUUGACUUCUAUUUCGUUUAAGGUUUCUUGUUUAGAAAUUUGAAAGAGGAUUGCUUUCAGUUGCA